AUGAGGCCCUUGUUUGUAAUGCUCAGCACUGUCUCUUUUACAGUGUGUGACUUUAUUGUAUCUACCACACUCUAUGUAUGCAGCAAUAAAAAGCCAAGCAUCAUUCAAGACUUGGUAGAGUUUAAUAUAUUUCACUCCAUGCUGGACAUUUGGGCCACUUCAUUACUUAGGAGCUCGAUAUGCAUUGGUGCUGUAAUAGGCGUUGCUAGAAACAGAACACUUGGCCCUCAAAGACUCAAAGCAUCCGUAACGCCUAUGACGUUGAUUUGUUACCUCAUUGCCGUGUACGGCAUUAUAAAGUUCCUACUGUACUCUGAGGAGGAGAAGCCUGUGCAGGAUCCUUGGUUCUGGAGUCUUCUGGUCUGGACUUGGCUAUCAUCAGCUUUAACGUUUUAUGCAUGGAGACAAAUGGGCCACCUGACUCCUUCAGGAGAAGAGCCAAUGCUAUAUUCUGAGAUCCGCAGAGGAGGGUGGGGGAACAGCAAAAGACAAGAUACUGAAAACAAGAUCUCAGGGGCAACUGUAGGGAAGCUGCUUUCCUAUUCCAAGCAAGAUUCUGGCUAUCUAAUUGCUGCUUUUCUAUUCCUUGUUCUUUGCACUUUAGGAGAAAUAUUUAGUCCUUAUUACACAGGACUUGUCAUAGAUGGCAUAGUCGUCCAAAGAAGUUUGAAGCAAUUUUCAAAUUCAGUUGUUAUAUUGGCUUUUCUGGCUGUGGGGAGCUCAUUCUCUGCUGGCGUAAGAGGUGGCCUAUUUACCUUCACCUUUGCAAGGCUGAAUGUACGAAUCCGUAACCUGCUCUUCCGGUCGCUAGUGUCUCAGGAGAUCGGAUUCUUUGAUGAGGUUCACACUGGUGACAUCAUCUCUCGGUUAACCUCCGACACAACUAUUGUUAGCGAUGUGAUUUCUGAAAAUGUCAACAUCUUCUUGCGCAGCACGGUGAAAGCCAUAGGAGUGAUUGUCUUCAUGUUUAGUCUGUCAUGGCAGCUCUCCCUAGUGACUUUCAUGGGAUUUCCAAUAAUUAUGUUGGUUUCCAGAGUGUAUGGCAAGUAUUAUAAGAAACUUGCCAAAGAUGUUCAAAGUGCUUUAGCACAGGCGAAUAGUACUGCUGAGGAAACCAUUUCUGCAAUGAAAACUGUCCGCAGUUUUGCCAAUGAGGAGACUGAAGCCACUGUAUACAAGGAUAAGUUGCAACAAGUAUACUCUCUACACAAAAAGGAAGCUAUAGCAUACACUUACUAUGUGUGGUCCACUGGUUUUACACAGGUGGUGUUGCAGAUCUGUAUUCUUUAUUAUGGCGGGCACCUUGUUAUUUCGGGACAAAUGGCCAGUGGCAACUUGAUUUCUUUUGUGAUAUAUGAGUUUCUCCUGGGUGACUGCAUGGAGUCAGUUGGCUCAGUGUAUGGAGGACUGAUGCAGGGAGUUGGGGCUGCGGAAAAAGUUUUCCUGUUCAUAGAUCGCAAGCCGAAAAUGAGCAAUGAUGGCACUCUCACCCCUGAUAAUUUGGAGGGUAAAGUAGAAUUCAGAAAUGUUACCUUUGCCUAUCCCACACGACCUGCAACACAGGUGCUAAAGAAUGUUUCCUUCACUCUUUAUCCUGGAAAAGUCACUGCACUGGUUGGUCCAUCGGGCAGUGGUAAAAGCUCCUGUGUGAAUAUUUUGGAGAAUUUCUACCCUGUUCAAGAAGGAGAGGUGGUCCUUGAUGGCCAGCAAAUUAAAUUGUAUAAUCACAAAUAUCUGCAUGCAAAGAUAUCCAUUGUAAGUCAGGAACCAGUGCUCUUUGCCCGUUCCAUUCAGGAUAACAUUUCCUAUGGUCUGGAUUCCGUUCCUUUGGAGCUGGUUAUAAAUGCAGCCAAAAGAGCCAACGCACAUGAUUUUAUCAUGCAGCUUCAGGAUGGAUAUAAAACAGAAACCGGAGAGAAAGGUGCCCAGGUUUCUGGAGGACAGAAGCAAAGAGUAGCUAUAGCCAGAUCUUUAAUACGAAACCCCAAAGUGCUGAUACUGGACGAAGCUACCAGCGCACUAGAUGCAGAAAGCGAACAUGCUAUCCAGAAAGCAAUGAAUAGCGAUCUGCAGAACUGCACAGUGUUAAUUAUAGCUCACAGACUGAGCACUGUGGAGAAAGCACACAACAUCAUUGUUCUAGACCGAGGCAGAGUGGUGCAGGAGGGGAGUCACAAAGACCUCAUGGAAGAAGGGGGACUUUACUCGCAGCUUGUGCAGAGACAAGUUUCUGGCCUUGGUCCUUGUGAGGAGCUACCACCGAAUACUGUCGGGACAGAUCUGCCACAUGACGAGGUGGCUGUGAAUGUAGAAUUGUAACACGCUUAUUGAUAUAUAUAUAAAUGAAUAUACAAG